AAACAAAAAAGUGAAAAUUUAAUGAGAUAUUUAGAAGUUGAGUGACUUGUCAGUGGCACCGAACAAGAGACAACAAAUAAUUGAUCACAAUCAAUCAAUCAAGCAAUCAGUCUGAUUUUCGAUGUGAGUGAUUUUGUGGCUAACUAUUAAAGUCCUACAAUCCAAGUUUUAAAGAAAAAAAAAAAACAAGAGAAAAUCACUAACAUGAAAUUCCGUUGUUUGGGUUUGGCACCUUCAUAUCCCAUUCCGAUUCCGGCUCCUCCAAUUACUCCCAUUCCUAUCCGGAAGAAUGCUCCAAUCGCUUUUCACCAUUCCUGUCCUCUUGCUCAAUUUCCACUACAACCAUCCUCCCUCCAUUCCGAUCAUAAUAACACCCACAUCCUCAUUCGUCGUAAAGCAGCCUCAUCCAACGGUCGACAUUUCACAGCUCGCUCUUCUAGCCCGGACUCAAUCCCUCCUUCUCCUUCUCCUCCUCCUUCUUCCUCCAUUACUCAACAGGUCAUUGUCAGCUCAGCGUUGACCAUCGCAUUCGCCGUUGCCAACCGCGUUCUUUAUAAGCUAGCUCUCGUUCCCAUGAAAGAAUAUCCUUUCUUUUUAGCUCAGUUGGCCACUUUUGGGUAUGUAAUUGUAUACUUCGUUAUAUUAUACAUGAGAUACAAUGGCGGCCUUGUUACAGAUGAAAUGAUGGCUCAGCCAAAAUCACUUUUUGUGGCUAUUGGCGUUUUGGAAGCUCUAGGAGUUGUUUUGGGAAUGGCUUCUGCAGCCAUGUUGCCUGGACCAGCCAUUCCCAUUUUGAGUCAGACGUUUUUGGUAUGGCAGCUGAUUUUGUCUGUCUUUAUUUUGCGAAGAACAUACACAAUCAGUCAGAUAGCUGGCUGCUUACUCGUAGCCAUUGGGGUAGCCGUUGCUGUCACAAGCGGUUCUAAUGCUAAUCAAAUGUUAUAUGGAGUUGAGCUUGUGUGGCCAGUUUUAAUGAUUGCUUCAAGUGCUUUUCAAGCUGGUGCAUCCAUUAUCAAGGAAUUUGUAUUUAUUGACUCAGCAGCUCGCCUUAAGGGCAAGACGCUUGACAUAUUUGUUGUCAAUUCAUUUGGGUCUGGAUUUCAGGCUCUUUUUGUACUACUCUUUCUACCUUUCUUGUCAAGCAUGAAAGGCAUACCAUUUGCACAACUUCCAUCGUAUUUUAAAAGUGGCGUCGGUUGCUUUCUGAACAUUGGAGCGAGUACAUCAGGCUGUGAAGGUUCUCCAUUGCUUCCAUUGCUUUACAUAGCUACCAAUCUUAUGUUUAACAUAUCAGUGCUCAAUCUAGUAAAGACUUCAUCUGCAGUUGUUUCAUCUCUUGCCGUGAUGUUAUCAGUGCCAGUUUCAAUUUAUAUACUUUCCGUUCCAUUGCCAUAUCUACCGGUGACUUCAACUUUGGGCCCUUUCUUUCUCUUUGGCAGUUUCAUUCUUGUCUUGGGUCUCAUCCUCUACACCUUACCUCAACCUUCAAAGCAACACUGAAAUUAGCUUAUAAAAGAGUUUUCGAUCUUCAAAAUUUGAUGUGAUGAAACUUCACGGCCAAAUUGUGUAUCUUAACAUUAUGUAAUUUUAUUUUAGUUUUUUUCUAAAGAAAUAGUAAGUAAAACGAAUAAAUAAUUGUAAGUCUUAUAUGACAUAAUAAUUUUUGUACGUGAGCUAUUUUCAAUGGAAAGUGGUUCCAUUUGUGUCA